CUCAAACGAGGAAGUGCGUGUGAACGAAAGUUUGAAAUAUUUCAACUUAUUUAAAGACACACGGAAGUAAGAUUGAAGUCAGUUUAACUUGAAACGACUGAGAUACUUCGACUGUCUCUAACAACAAGAGACAAAGAUGGGGCAAAUAGAAUGGGCGAUGUGGGCAAACGAGCAGGCCAUAGUCAGCUCAGUUGUGACGAUAUUAGGAGGAAUAAUAGCAAUUGCAGGACAGUUUAACCGCUGGCAAAUUGGCAUAUAUGCCAUAUCUGUGGGCUUUCUGGUCUUCCUGCUUGAGUACCCGCGGGGGAAGAGACAGAAGGGAAAUACAAUAGAAAGAAUGUAUCAACAGUACAUGACCAGAGUAAUCCGUUGCGGUGGCCCAGUCACCAGAAAUUACUACGUGCGAUUUGUACUUCAUUUGGUAAUUUGUGUGCCAUUAGUUUUCAUUUUACCCACACUACUUGGCGGGGCGAGCCUGUUGAUCACAAGUGCAAUCUACUUUGUGGCUGCAAUUAAAGGAGAGGAAUGGAAGCCAGUUGGUCUUGACAGGAAGCAAAGCCCUUCGAAAAAGGCUGGUCCAAAAGCUUCUAUCAGCCGCCCACCCAAGAGAGCCCCGCCUCGUGGUCCUCAGCCAGCCAUAGCUGAGGCAGAGGAAACAGAGUUGCCCAACAAAUACUGAGUUCUCUUCCCUUUGAACACACAGCCUUGUCUUUCCACACUCACUGUCAUGACUGAAUAUCAUCAGGAUGUUUGACUCAUGUGUGAAUAUUUUGUUUACAUAUACAUGUAGAUGUGUUAAAGAUCAAACAAAAUACAAAACUGAUAAAACAAUAAUUAUAGUAUUAUGGUGAUAGAAUUGUAUAACCUUCAUUUCAGCAUGGGAAACCUAGCUGGCAAUUAAUUGUAAUCAUGAAUAUUGUGAAUUUACUGAAAGGAGAAGAAGACAUAAAAAUGAUGGCAAAGUCAAAACUUAUUUGAAAAUAUUAUCUUUAAUAUUUCUUUUUUUAUUUCGAGAGAAAAGGGUAUUUGAAAAUAUUUUUGUACGGUGGGUAGUUGGGACCAACUUUGGUAUUUAUCGUUGCCUUAAUUAUGAUAAUAUUCAUGAACAUAAUAAAAAUAUAAAUAUGAUCCAAAUUGAGGUGUAAUUCAUUUGUUAGCAGAAAAGAACAAAUUGUAGUGCAAAAAUAUUUAUUAAACCUGUGUUACAUCCUCAUUUAUGACAUUAAACGAAGACUUUAAAUGCCAAAAGGUAGCCCAAAAUACCCACAGUACAAAAAUUAUUUUCGAGUGUCUUUUUCUCCUUAAGGAAAAGUCGGAAUAAUACUGAAGACCACAUUUAGGAAUAACCUUUCGCACCCUUUCAUCUGAACUUUAUGUCAUCUUUAUGUUUUCUCCACCUUUAAAUUAUGUCAUUGUUAAGUCGAAUUGACUGUAAUUCUUUUGACGUGUGGCUCUUUUAUUGUUGAAUUAUUAAGUCUUUGGACUCCAAACAGAGCCAGAAUGCCCUGCACAACAAUAACUUACCUGAUAAUACUAAAAUGCUUUUACCCACACAUACACAUGCAGGUGUUGUUCAUAUGACUUCAACAUUAAUCAUUAAUUGAGAUAUUUUCCCUAUUAACAAUAUAUUUAUGAGAAAGAGUGUGCCAUUUAAAAAUGUCACUCACGUAAAGUUUUUACAAUGUAUGAUUUUUUAUUUUGUAUUUUUGAUACCAUCUCAUUCAUAUUCUAUGCCGGAUAACCAUGCAAUGAUAAACACUUUGCAGUUUGUCCAUUUUUUUUAAACCCC